CAUACAAGGAACUGUAGAGAGGAUCGUUAGUGUUUAGCGGAUCUGGUUAUAUCUGUAGCAUAUUAUAGCGGAUCCAAAUUUCGCAAGUCCCGCAGAGUUUCGACCAUAGACUUACAGAGAUUCGACUCUCUAUGAAACGAAUACCGAAACCUUAACUUCUGUCAAUAACCUCUGUUCUCUUCGUUAACUUCGUUUGUAUCGUAUUCAAAACCGGUUGAAGAAGAAGAGAAAUAAUAAUUUCUUCGAGCCGAUAAACCAUGCCGAAAAAACAGAAACCGAACGCAUUUUUCUUUUUCAUGCAAGAUUUUAAGAAGAGACAAGAGGCUCUUGGCGAAACAUUUCCUGGUGGUCUUCAAGACGUCUCUGCAGCUUGCAGCCCCGAGUGGCAGAAAAUGACUGAUCAACAAAAAGGGCCUUACGAGGCUCGUGCCAAAAAUGCUAAGAUAAAAAAUGGAAUCAGUGGUCAAAAGUACACUUCGCAAGGAGUGCCGAUCACACUCAUAGAAAAGGAAGCCAAAAGAAAACAGGACUUCGAAGAUAAUAUGAAUGACUACAUUAAAAUGACAGUCAGCAUGUCGAAUCACAUUGAUGGCUUGAUCAACAAGAAGUUUUACUUCAUUCAUGUGAACUGGCUUUGUCGAAAGCUCCUUCCUAAUGGGGAAGGCGAUUUUUAUCCUAUUGAGUUUGCUGUCGCUGAGUUCUCGCUUAAGGAUGGAGUUGGAAAAACUUACCACGAAAUCAUCGACAUAGAUGUUCCAAUGGGCUACGCAUCUGAUGCUUUACAGCACUCAGAGGACACUCAUAAGAUUAGUCCCAAUCCACCUGGCGGUCAAAAAAAUUUCAGCAUCAUGUAUCAGCGAUUGAAAACCUUACUAAAACCUGAAACAAUUGGCGAUGAAUUACCACCACUCUACACUACAACAGGUGUCGAGGAAAUUGUGCCUGGACUAUUGAGCCGAAUGGCCAACACUAUUGGCCAAACAGCGGACAUUUUCCGAGUUUAUAGACUGGAGACACUUUUUUUUCACAUUCGCAACGCUGCUGCAAUGAUGAUUAACACUGUCGGUUUCCCAGCGCCUACAUUAGCAGAUGAACAAAUACACAGGGAUACUUUCGACUAUGCGUCAGGUAUCGCAUGUGACUACCAUGAAAAUAUAGAUGCAGCAAAAAUACAUUGUAGCUUAUCUGUCGUGACUCGGUGGGCAUAUACCAUAUGCGAUUUCUGCUGCUUGGAUGUGGGCAUUGAAAUGAAGCCCGGAUUCCAUUGUCCGCUGGAUACCGACGUUAAUGACAUAAGGAAUUUGAAGGAAAACAGAGCAAGUGUAAAAGACCAUUUGACGACUGAAAGUGUAUCUGGAAUGGCAUCUAUGACAGGGGUGACCGAAGAACAUAGGUUGAAAACCUCUGCACGUACUUACAAGGAAGAGCAAGAACGGCGACAAAAUUCUCAGCCAUUGAAAAUUAUAGAUCAUAGUAAAUUGCCAAAUUCGAAUGUACCAGAGAAUAAACGUGAUGCGAAGCCAGCAAACACUAGUUCUCAAUCUGCUUCUACUUUUGCGAAGAAGGUGGAAAGACCGCUUCGGCUACCGAAUGGACCAAGUUUUGCCAUGAGCGUAAGCGACACCGUGAAAGUACCGAAUAUGGAUCACACGAACUUCCCAGCGAUUGGUGGUAGGGGAGUCGCUUUGAGAAAGGCUACUCUCGAAAAGUUUCCGCCAAUUGGUCGUGGUCGCGGUGGCACGUUCGGUAAUUAAAUGUUCAAGACAUCAAUAUUUAAGCAUUUUAUAAAACACUAUAAAUGAAUCUAACCAAAUGACGAAACACCCGUGAUAUGUAAGCAUAUAGAUGUAAAUUACCUAAGUUGAUAUAAGGGCAAACGAAACGAAGCUUUCGUGUUUUAUGUAGACGAUGAUAAUUAGUUUUACUGUCGCAAUUAUUUUUCAUCCUUAACCUUUAGAUUGCUGUAAAGUCUAUAUAUAGUCUCUGCCUGUGAUCGGAACUCCACAUAUUAUCUUAUAUAUAACAUAUGUGAUGUUCCGAUCAAAAAUGGAGACUGUAUUUAGACUUUCCGACAGUCUAAAGGUUAAACAUGCUGAUAGUCAAGUGAAUAUUAUUUUCUUCCUAAUUUUUGUUGAUUUUACAGUUAUGUUUACUCACAUUGACAUUUUAUUUCUUAGUCCUAAUCGAGUCAUUCAAAUAGAAAAGAAAUUUGUUUACUCGGCUUCUAUUAGUUCACUAAAACAAAGGCAGAUUGCCCAUGCAUAUUAUUUAUGUCGUAUAAUUAAACUAUUUCGUUAUAAUUAUAAUAUGGUAGAUGUUCGUAUAAUUAUAAUGCAAAAACAUUGAGUCAAUCUUUUCUAUUUUUGAUGAAUA